AAUUAAAUCAGCUGUACUUCCCCCCUCAGGCAAAACGCCCCGCGAUGGCAUCAGCCGCCGUCGUCAUUGCGCAUCCAUCUGUUAUUAGCAGCUCUGUGAUCUCCGGAGCAGCGACUUGUCAAUAGAGGAGCAGGACACCGAUCCGGAGACGCAGACAGCAGAGGAGCUGGUGGGCGUAGCGCCUCCCGGGACGAGCCACCGCACACUGGGAAAGUAACUGCAGGAGAGAUGCGCUCACCGCAACGGAUCAGAGCGCGUUUUUAACGAGAGGAUAAGGACCGGAGAUGUUUUCCUAGAGAGGUUUAUCAUCCUCUGCCUCUAUCUAUAGGCGGCCAUCCAGCCGGGCAACCCGCACUGCUGUCCGGCGCCUUCUCUUGGAGAGAAGAGAGAGAGGUCAAGACAAAGUCACUUCUGUAGCUGGGAAGGGGGAGAGCGAGCGUUUAUCCAAGCUCCCUGUGAUUCUGCAGCUUCUUUUCCAGCUGUAUUUCUUAACUGUGGAAGACAUUGGGACGUAUCAAAACCGAGCAGAAAGGAUUAUUAUUAGCAAUAAAACCAGAAGAGCUGUGAAUGAGUGAGAUGUGAUGUUGGGGCAGUUGCUGGAUGUGGAAGCAAAGAGCAUCUAUAGGGGAGCUUCCGUGGAGACCAGCUGAGUAACCUGGAACGGUGAGAUCGGAGUCCGGAGUCGUUUCUUUAGCAGAUACUAUACACCGAUUCCCCUUCCACUCUUUAAACAGUGGAUUCCUGCGAAGGAGCUCGGCUAUAUUUCCUUCAAAUGACCGUUUAACGGAGUCCUAACAGAAACGCGAGGAGCUCAUAUAUGGAGACCAAAUGAGUGCGCAACGCGGCGGUGCGCCGGCUUAGCGGCGUUUUUUCUUCCCCCACUCUCACAGUCCUGUCCCAGUGGAUCAGCAGCGGAUUGCUGGAGGUUACAGUCUGCCACCGGUCCACUACCCGCAGUGGGCUUUUCAUGCAAACUCAACGGGAACUAAAUUGAACCGCCUGGUUCGCCCCCCAUCACCACCACCACCUCCCUCCAGGAGCCCCGCAGCGCGACCAGCCUUGCGCGGCAGCUACAAGACCGGAGAGGAAAGGGGGGGGGAAGUGGAUAUGAUUUCUUAUUUGGUUUGAUAAUUUGUCUGUUCAAGAAGGGGAUUAUUUAACAUUUUAUUUGCUGAGUGGAGUUCUUCAUCCUGGCUUGAUAAAUAGGGAGGAGACUCCCGGAGGAGAUUAGGCUUUUCUACCCAACAGGAGAGGAGGAGACGCGCAGGUCUUUGGAUCCAUCUCCCCAGGCCAUCUCUCUUUCUGUCCAUCCGCCUGUCACUGCAGUUCAUCUUCAUGUUGAGUAACAAAAAACUGCAGCACACCAGAUAGAGUUGCCCCGUUCCCAGUGGAGGAUAAUGGAACGGCUGUGGUUCUCUUUGCUGUUGCUGGCAGCAGCAUGCAGGGGACAGCCGUGUCCGAAACGCUGCAUGUGCCAGAGCCUUUCUCCGUCGCUCGCUAUCCUCUGCUCCAAGACAGGCUUGCUGUUUGUUCCUGCUGCCAUUGAUCGACGCACAGUGGAGCUGAGGCUUCAAGAGAACUUCAUCACAGCUGUCCGAAGAAAGGACUUUGCCAACAUGACCAGCCUGUUACAUCUGACCCUGUCCAGAAACACCAUCAGUCAGAUCCUUCCGUCAGCGUUCAGUGAUCUACGGCGACUGCGAGCGCUCCAUCUGGACUCUAAUAGAUUAACUGUGAUCAAGGACGACCAUUUCAAAGGUCUGACCAACCUUCGCCAUCUGAUCUUGGCCAACAACCAGCUUCACUCAAUAUCUCCUCAUGCCUUCGAUGACUUCUUGUCCACACUGGAGGAUCUAGACCUCAGUUAUAACAACCUUGCCCAGGUGCCCUGGGACACAAUCGGGCGCCUAACCAAUGUCAACACCCUGAAUAUGGACCAUAACCUCAUAGAAAAUGUUCCACAGGGGGUAUUCACCAACCUGCACAAACUGGCCAGGCUAGACAUGACGUCCAACAAGCUAAAGAAGAUCCCUCCAGAUCCGCUGUUCCUGAGAAUUCCAGUUUAUGCCAAGUCCAAAGGCUCUCCCCUCUCCUCUCUUGUGUUGAGUUUUGGUGGUAACCCCCUUCACUGUAACUGUGAACUUCUGUGGCUGAGGAGAUUAACCAGAGAAGAUGACCUGGAGACAUGCGCCUCUCCCCCUGACCUCAGUGCCAAGUACUUCUGGACAAUACCUGAAGAGGAGUUUAUUUGCGAUCCACCGGUUCUGACCCGAAAGUCACCUCAUACUGUGGCUAUGGAAGGCCAACCUGCCAGUCUGAAGUGCAAAGCAAAUGGUGACCCAGAGCCUGAAGUCCACUGGAUCAGCCCUGAAGGGCGGCUUAUAUCAAAUGGAUCAAGAACUUUAGUCUUCCCCAACGGAAGCCUGGAGAUCAACGUAACGUCCCUGAAGGACUCAGGAAACUUCACCUGCAUUGCCUCCAACGCAGCAGGUGAAUCCACAGGAAGGGUGGAGUUAGUCGUCACGGCAAUGCCCCAUCUGGCAAACAGCACCAGCCGCAGCCGAGACCCUUCCUCCGAUCCUGCCCCCUCUGACAUCCUGACCUCCUCUAAAGUUGCAUUGCCCAACAACGAGACUAGAGUGGCAGACAGGAGGGUCUCACUGGUGGAGCUGACGGGGAACUCUGCCCUCAUUAGAUGGAGCAGUCAAACUCCGACAUCAGGAGUCAGGAUGUUCCAAGUCCAGUACAACAGCUCUGGGGAUGACACGCUGGUUUACAGGAUGAUUCCAUCCAGCAGCAACGACUUCCUGGUGCGGGACCUCGCUGCUGGACGCAGCUACGACCUUUGCGUCCUGGCCGUGUUUGAUGACGUCAUCACAUCGCUGACUGCAACGCGUCCGUUGGGCUGUCUGUCAUUCACUACGGACACAGAGUUCAGCCAGUGUCAAGCACUGCACAGCCACUUCCUGGGUGGCACUAUGAUCAUCAUCAUCGGAGGGAUUAUUGUUGCUUCUGUGCUAGUUUUCAUCAUCAUCCUAAUGAUACGAUACAAGGUUUACAGCCAUCAAGGGGCGGGACACAGCAAGGGAGCCAUCGCGGCCACGACGACGGCGCCGAGGCCGCAGAGCAACGGACAAGGAGGAGGCAGUCAGGUCCAAGUCGUCCCUCGCUCUGCCUCAAAGAUGAUUGACAGUCAGGACGACCAGGCACUAGCACCGUCCAGGGCCAUGUCGCCUAGCAACACCCUGAGAGACACAGUGGCAUUGGUGGAGGAGGAGGGCAGUGGACGGAACAUAAUGACAAGAACUGACUCAGUGGCCAAUGAGGAGUUGCUCUCACCCACCAAGGCACGCUACUCCUCCAGGGUUGCCAUUGAGAUGAAAAUCAGACCGCCAUCUGUCGCCAAAGAGCCCACCUCUCCCAAGGAGCUCGCAGCAGCAGCAGCAGACGACAGGCGGCCUCGUAGUGUCGAAUGGAGAGACUUUAAGAUCUGAAGGUCUCUUGGCCUCACAGAGUGAUCGGGCCCAUACUACACAAAGAAACCCUGAUGUUGUUCUCAGAGGAAGAUGCGGGGAAAUAAAGGUCACCAAUGGGGAGAAGCUGGUGAAAACUCUGAAGAAGAAUAAAAGGCCCUAUAGCUCAUCUCCCCGUAUCUCCUGUUUACUGUACACAUUACUUUGUUUCCAUGAUUAUCAUGGGGUUAUAGACCUGUACUGUCUGGUUUACUUUCAAGUGCUUAUCCUGGUUCUCAUGUCUGGAUUUGGACGGACACGUCGAGAACUGGUGUCUGAUUGGCUGCUAAUUGACCAGUUGUUGCAGGAUCCAGCUGUCAGUGUGAUCACCUUAGUCACUGAUAAGGGAAGGGCCACUUAAAACAUCUGUAUUAGUGUGGAAGUGGAGACACUGGGAGUAGAUAAUUUAUUUCAAAAGCAGCAUAAAGGAGCAGAAAGAAAAUGUGAAUCAACUUCUCACCAUCUGGGGCAGCUUCGACAUGCAUGGACAGAUACAGAGAGGAUGGUAAAAACAGAAAAAGAAAAUGAACAGCAAGCAAAGCUGGAUGCCUAGAUAAUUAUGCUAAGGCUGGAUGUACAAUGUGACAGACUGCACAAACAGAAGAAGGAACAUCAUAGAGAAAAGUAUCCCGAUGGGUCUGGUUUUGGAUAUGGACAUGUUAAACGAUAAUGGUUGACUGUUUCUGAAAAUAACCAUAAGGGACUCAGGAUGGCUGCCUCCAAGUGGCUCCACUCUAUUAAUCAAUGUGGAAUAAAGCAAUUCUGUCAAAUUGAACUGAGCUGAGCUGACGCUGGCUGGGCUGACGCUGGCUGGGCUCAACUGGAGCUGGAUCUUAACCAUAACUGGACCCUGUUAUGUCUUAAUCAAAAUUUUAUCUUUUUGGAAAGCACAUAAAGCAUAUGAGAAAGAAAAUGAACUGAGCGAGUUUGACCCGGACAGAACUGGACAAAACCUGGAGCCAGUGGAGCCUGACCUGGAGUUGUACAGCAACAUGAUGCAGACUAAACUGUACUCGACUACUCAGGCCUGCCAUCAGUCUGGUGUAUGCAUUCUACUGCUCUGUCCUAUAUUUACUGCUUUCCACUGGAUGAGACUGGUGAGGACCUUGGGGACCUUUACCAGCCUCUCUCGCUGCUCUCCAGGCCCACUUAAACAGACCCAGUGAUCAGGAGGAAAGCCACAUGUCUGAAGUGAAGAAAGACAAACCAACCGUUCAAGUAGCAGGGUACCAAAUCACAUCAGUGCUUAUUGAGAUCAUCCAGCAUUUUCAUCAGAAACUUCAUCAACCACCAUUGAUUUCAUCACUGAAUACGUUUACAAGAGUUCUACACUGCAAGUGGCACUAGUUUAAUGUGAAGAAAAAUGCUGUACGACGGUAUACUUACUGCACAACCUGUGUUGUUAACAUCCUGGCUGUCACCAUCCAGGUACCGCACAUCUUCAUCAGCAUAGAGUGUGUUUACGUGCACACAGCGUGACUGAUACUUGGGCAUAUCUCAUCUAAUGUCUCUGUCAGAUAUCCCUUUAUAUAAAUCAUCAGAAUAUCCCAGGUGCUCUAUACAAGCAUCUCUCUCAUCUCUAGUAUGCUUUGAGUCUGGUUAGUGUAAAUGGGAUAUGUGGUACAUGUGGAGUCUCAGAUAUUUAUUAUCCAUAUGUGUGCACGUAACUGCGCUCGCUGCCGAUUCCCCGGGUCACCAUAAUCAGCAUCAUCAUGAUUGUUAAGAGUUCCCUGCAGAUAUGAGAGGUGGUAGAACAGGAAACAGACGGAGAACCUCAAACGUUUUGAUCCAUCCCAGAAGAAGCACCCCCCCCAAAAAAAAGAUAAAAAUACAAAUGCUUUGUCUUCACUUUUCCCCUCCUGUGUUCCUCUCACUUUUUCUUUGGGCUUUAUCUUUUGUAUGUGUACAUAAAGCAAUUUCAAAUCUUAUAGUUUUGUACAUGUAAUUUUUAUGGUGUGUGGAUAUUUUCUAAUAAAAUAAAACAAAAAUGGA